UGCAGCCUUGCCUGCUCUCAGCUGGUGCUGCGACCUCACCACCAGUCUCUCUCUCUGCUCGUUCUCCUUACUUUUAGCGAACUUUGUUUUUAAGUGCCUGGUGCGUUGCGCAUCUCCAGUCGACGGCUUUUAUUUUUUGUUUUGGGAUAAAACUCGCUCAUGCAAGAUGGACUGACUAAAUUAACAGCCCAGCAAAGAGUGGAUACUCAGGAGGGGGGAGAAGAAGCGUGUUUCUUGAGUGCGACCUUUCUGCGGGCUGAGUUACCAUCAUGGAAGAGGACGACGGGCAUCUUGAAAACGGUGUCCACGCCACUAAAGACUCGGACCGACAGCAGCGUCUCAGGCUUUGCGUUUUAAAUGAGAUACUGAACACCGAGAGGGAUUAUGUUCGGACAUUGCUUUUCCUUCAGUCGGCGUUUUUGCACAGAAUCAGACAAACUGCAGACGACCAGCAAUGUCUUUCACCUGAGCAUGUCAAGAUCCUGUUUUCAAACAUUGAGGACAUCCUGGAGUUGCACAAAGAGCUGUUGUCUGCUGUGGAGGCCAUUUUGCAGCCAGAACCCCAGCCCCAGCAUGCACUGGGACACGUGUUCCUCCAGUUUAAGGAGAGUUUCUCAGUAUACGGCGAGUACUGCAGUAACCAUGAAAAGGCUUUGCGGCUUCUCAUGGAGCUGAACAAGAUCCCCAAUAUCAGGACCUUCUUACUGCACUGUAUGCUACUUGGAGGGAAGAAAAGUACAGAUAUUCCUCUGGAGGGCUACCUUCUCUCCCCAAUUCAGAGGAUCUGCAAGUACCCUCUGCUGCUGAAGGAGCUACUUAAAAGGACUUCUAAGAAGCAUUCAGAUUAUCCAGCGGUGGAAGAGGCUCUGCAGGCCAUGAAGGCUGUCUGCUCCAACAUCAAUGAGACCAAGAGGCAGAUGGAGAAGCUGGAGGCUCUGGAACAGCUGCAGUCUCACAUUGAAGGCUGGGAGGGAACCAACCUGACAGAUAUUUGCACAGAGUUGCUGCUUCAUGGAAAUCUCCUCAAAAUCUCGGCAGGCAAUAUCCAGGAACGGGUCUUCUUUCUGUUUGACAACCUUCUGGUUUACUGUAAAAGGAAGUCCAGGGUUUCUGGAAAGAAGUCUACCAAGAGGACCAAGUCUAUCAAUGGCCCCCUCUAUGUGUUCAGAGGCCGAAUCAACACAGAGGUGAUGGAGGUGGAAAAUGUAGAAGAUGGAACAGCGGACUAUCACAGCAACAACUACACAGUGACUAAUGGCUGGAAGAUCCACAACACCGCUAAAAACAAGUGGUUUGUCUGCAUGGCCAAAAAUGCAGAGGACAAGCAGAAAUGGCUGGAUGCCAUCUUGAGGGAACGGGAGCAAAGAGAGAGUCUCAAGCUGGGAAUGGAACGAGAUGCCUAUGUGAUGAUUGCAGAGAAAGGGGAGAAGCUCUACCACAUGAUGAUGACCAAGAGUAGACACCUGAUUAAAGACAGGCGCAGGAAGCUCAGCAUUGUGCCCAAGUGCUUCAUGGGAAAUGAGUUUGUGUCAUGGCUGUUAGAAAGUGGAGAGAUCAGUAAAGCUGACGAAGGGGUCAACUUGGGACAAGCCUUGCUGGAAAAUGGCAUCAUCCACCACGUGUCAGACAAGCACCAGUUCAAGAAUGAGCAGGUGCUGUAUCGCUUCCGCUAUGAUGAUGGCACCUACAAAGCCCGCAGUGAGAUGGAGGACAUCAUGUCAAAGGGCGUCAGGCUGUACUGCCGCCUUCACAGCCUCUACACGCCAGUCAUCAAGGACAGAGACCACCACCUGAAAACCUUUAAAUCUGUGGUGCCUGCUAGCAAAUUGGUGGAGUGGCUCAUCUCUCAGGGAGACUGCUCGACCCGAGAGGAUGCUGUGACGCUGGGUGUGGGGCUCUGCAACAAUGGCUUCAUGCAUCACGUCUUGGAGAAGAGCGAGUUUAAAGAUGACUCCCAGUUCUUUCGUUUUUAUGCUGACGAGGAAACCGAGGGAACUAGCAGCAAAAGCAAGCAGCUCCAGCGAAAUGACUUCAAACUUAUAGAGAACAUCUUAGCCAAGUCCCUUGUGAUUCAUCCCGAGGAGGAAGGCUACGGCUUCGAGAUUGAGGAGAAAAACAAGGCCAUUGUGGUGAAAUCUGUCACCAGGUGCUCACAUGCUGAGAUGGCGGGCCUGCAGGUGGGCAGGAAGAUCUACACCAUCAACGAGGACCUGCUGUUCCUCAGGCCGUUCUCAGAGGUGGAAACCAUGAUUAACCAAGCCUUUUGCAUACGACGCUCUCUACGGCUGCUGGUUGCCACCAAAGCCAAGGAGAUUGUGAAGAUCCCUGACAACCCAGACAGCCUCUCCUUCAGACUCUGCGGAUCUGCGCCUCCUCAUGUCCAUGCUGUCAGGAAAGGCUGGGAGGCAGCAGGAGCGGGUCUUCAGCCUGGCCAGGUCAUCCUAAAAGUUAAUGGCAAUAAUGUCAAUCACAGUGACUACCAGGAGGUCCUGGAUCACUUCACCGCCCAAAACACUCACCAGGAGCAACCCCAAGCGUGUCACUGGGUGUAUCGUGCUUUUGAGGAUGUGGAGGAGCUACAAAGAGAAACAGGUGCAGAUGAGAAGGAUGAGAGCCCUUUCAGGCCUUACCCGGUGGAGAACGGCUCCGACCAUGAGGAGGAGAAUGGCACCAAUGGAACAGACCACAGGCUUGCCAGACUUUCUCUCUGUGAUGAGCUGCCUCUGGUCAGCCUGACGGUGGAUAACGUUCACCUGGAACAUGGUGUGGUUUAUGAAUAUGUGAGCACUGCUGGCAUCAAGAGCCAUGUCCUGGAGAAGAUAGUGGAGCCCAAAGGCUGUUUCAUCCUCACUGCUAAGAUCCUGGAUGCCUUUUCUGGUGAUGACAGCCUCUUUGUACGUAACUGUAGCCAGCUCAUCUCCCAGAGUGAUCGGGUCGUUACUAUGCCACAGUACGAGUUCAGACAGAUCUGUGACACCAAGUUGGAGAGUAUAAGACGCCGUAUCAGCAGCUACCAACAGUUUGCCCAGGAACUAAGGAACAAAGUGUGGCCGUCCUUCAGGCAGGCUGGCAUUCGCCCUCACCCGCUGGGCUGCAUGGACUUUGUUCCCACCAACUGUCACAUCAACUUGAUGCAGGUCUCCUAUCCCAAAAGCACAACCUCUGCUGGCAGGACUUUCAGUAUACGCUUUGGUCGCAAAAACUCUAUCUUUGGUCUGGACCCGGACCAAGCACAACUGAACCCCAUGUCCCACACUCAGCAUUGCAUGACCACCAUGGGAGCUCCUUCCUGGAGCUGCUCCGGCCUUGAAGGGGAUGAGACAGAUGGCAGCGAGGAGGUGACUUUAGGUGGAGGUGAUGGUUUGAUGGACGGUCGACGGAGCAUCCACGGAGAAGGUGGGCUGAGUUUCCUCCUCAAACAGGAAGACACAGAGACGCAGGACUCCUACAUCUACUUGUACAGCCGCUUGGAUGUUGCUGUAAGGGAAAUGAGGCAAUACGUUGCCCAAAUAGAUGUCCUCCUGUCAUCUAUCACUGAGCCCACACAGCCCCAAGGGGAGGGUGGGGACCCUCCAGUCUACGAGCCAAACCAGUCACCCUCUCUGGCCCCCUGCGAGGAUGGCUGUGACCAGGACAAAACGGAGCAAGGUGGCAUUAAGAGAGUCUGCUUUAAAGUGAAUGAAGAGGACCAGGAGGACUCUGGUCAUGACACAAUGAGCUACAGGGACUCCUACAGUGAAUGCAACAGCAACAGAGACUCGGUUCUGUCCUAUACCAGUGUGCGAAGUAACAGCUCUUACCUGGGGAGUGAUGAGAUGGGAUCAGGCGAUGAGCUGCCGUGUGACAUGAGGAUCCCUUCUGACAAACAGGACAAGCUGCAUGGCUGUCUCGAGCACCUUUUCAACCAGGUUGACUCAAUUAACAGCCUCCUCAAAGGGUCAGUCAUGACUAAAGCCUGUGAGGAGACCAAGCACUUUCACUCUGACCACAGCCAGCCAGAGUUUCGUCAAACUGAAGACUGGACUGCCCGCUGCCGUUAUAUUAUCCACAAGAACAUCCAGGAGGACCCUUGGAACCUGCCCAACUCAAUCAAAAACCUGGUGGAGAGCCUACAGAGAUUUGUAGAUGAUGGAAAGAACCAACUUCUUCUGGCUCUGCUUAAGUGCACAGACACAUCUUUGCAGCUGCGACGGGAUGUGAUCUUCUGCCAGGCGGCAACCGGUGCCCUGUGCACGCUUGCCGAACAGCUGCUUACGGCCUUGAGGUCACGGUUCAACAACGCUGGCGAGUACCAGGAAGACAGCAAAGAGACCAGCCGCAAGUGGCUAGAACAAAUAUCCGCCAUUGGUGUUUUGCUACACUUUCAAUCCACACUAGCGCCACACCUGAAAGAGGAGCGGACCAUGCUGGAGGACACCAAGGCAGCCCUGUUGGAUUUGGACAAAGUCACUGUGUUCUUCAGGCAACUGGAGGAUGAGUGUCUAGUUGCAAACACACCAGUGUGUUACCAGGUGGAGGGCAGCCGACAAGCCCUGAGGGUCACCAUGUACCUAGACAGCUGUCACUUUAGUGAGCUGCCCAGCCGGCUGCAAAAUGGAGGCAGCCUCAAGCUCCACACCGUCCUCUUCACCAGGGCUCUGGAGCGUCCGGAGGGAGUUUCCCAACAGGAUUAUAUAGACAUGGAGGAGUUCCAGCAGCGCACCAAUGCCAUCUCACUAGAGAAGGUCAAGGCCUACUACCGCAGACUCAGAGCUUUUUAUUUGGAAAAGUCUAAUCUCCCUACAGACUCAAACUCCACAGCGAUGAAGAUAGACCAGAUACUGGGCCUUGAAGUUAGAGAUCUUCAACCAAGCAUUUCAAAACUGCUGCGACCACUCAACACACUGGACGACCUCUGUCGACUAAUGCAGUCCUAUGUCAACGUGCGUCCGAAUGCUCAGGGCCACCCCUCAGGAGUCAGCAUGCUGUGCGUGUCCUCCGAGCUGUGUAACCGCCUGGGAGCCUGCCACAUUACCAUGUGUGGCACUGGCAUGCAGAGAUGCACUCUAAGUGUGACCCUGGAGCAGGCAAUGAUAUUAGCCAGGAACCACGGCCUCUUGCCUCGAUGCAUCAUGCAGACAAUGGACAUAAUGAGGAAACAGGGGGCAAGAGUUGAACUCUCUGCUAAAAACCUAAAGGUAAUGGACAAGAUGCCUCCAUUAGCGCCAAGGCUCUUCAAGCUGUGUUUGCCACCCUCAGAUGGAGAACUCUAAGCACUCCAGAGAAUUUAUCACACCAAGUGAAAAUGCAGAGGUGGAAGAUAUUUAGAGGAAUAUCAGAGAAACAAAGAGUCUGAGUUUUAUCUCUUACCUUUUAAAAGACACUGCCAGUAAAAAGACCUUUGCCCCAUAACCCCACCCCUCCCUGAGGUUAAACAAGGAUCAUUCCAGCAAGGAUACCACCAGAGUCUCCAGUGAAAGGUACAACCUAAGCAAGACUUUUCAGAAAACACAAACAUCUUCGCAGAUCAACUGCAACAAGACUUUGGCAAAUGAGGGCCCAAGAGUGUGUUAAAUUGUUACGCUCAAGUAGACUUCCUGGUAGCAUAACUGAUUUGGAUGUCUUCCUACAGAAAUCUCACAUAAGACUUGACAACUGGUGCGAAUAAUCCACAACGUAAGAAUACAAGAAUGCCUCAUAAAGACAGUGGCCACAGUGGUUAUUGCUCAUAACUGAGCUUGUAUUAUUAACUGGAAUAACCAAACUACCUGUAGUUGACUGUCAUCUAAAAUGCAGAUGUUAUUCACUUUGCCUUGGACUGCAAACUCCAGAGAGCUCUCUUCCCCUGUGUGGGCUGGUGUUCCCCAGGGCUCAGUGUUUGGACCACAAGUGAUGUAGAUUAGUUGAAUACGCUGGUAUUCAUGUGUGAUAGCCUGCUGAAUAGAUGCAGAAAGUCAAAGAAUAGACAGCGAGAUGGAAGUAGAGAUUGAGGGACAGAUGAAAAGAUAAUAAAAGGGGGCUGUAUUUGUUUUUCCCUUCAGCCCGUUGCAUGUGGUUACUGUGCAAUUACUGUAGGUUUAGCGUGAGUACUGUAUUACUGAACUAUAUGAAGGAUAGUUAUUUAUUGUGUCCAGAAGGAGCGUUUUUAUCGCUUACUUAUACUAUAUCAGGUAUUAGAAUCUAAAAGCAUUCCAGUCUACGUAUUGAACAGUAUUUAAAGGACCAAUGGCAUGCCUUUUUUUUUUAAAGAUAUGCCUGCUAUUUCAUUUUAUUUAAGUGUUUUGAAUUUGACCAUGUCAGGAAUUACAUUAAUCAUCAGGGAGUGCAAGGGAUGGCAGGACUGAAGCUAACUAAUCAGAAUCAGGACAUGGGUAACUGAAACAAAAUAAACAAGGCUGUUUGUCAACAAGCAGUCAAGUCAACAAGCUAUAAUAUUGAAUCACUGUUAAAUUAUUAAUAUAUUAAUUAAAAUGUUUUAGUUGAAGGAUUCCCUUCUGUUAACUGAGAUGUUAACUGACUUUUUUAAAAUUGGCUUUUAUGUUGUCUUAAAACGGUUGUGUUUUCUGUAGGUAUUAAAAGAAGCACAAAGAUUGGUCCAAUCAGUGUUAGAAAAAGUACUGUAAUCAGUUUUAGGAUUAUGUAAACAAAGGGAUUGUUUGGUGACUGAAAAAUGGUUAACAUUGGUUUACUUCAGAUUUUAUUUUCUUGUAAAUAAAGAUUGUAACAAUGCUAGAAGAGAAGAUAGGGCACGUGUUACAGCAGCAGAGUAAUGCUAUAAAUUAUAUUGGAUUAUUUUUAUGCAAACAGUAUACUAUAUAAAGUGUUUUGUAUUGUGACUGUGCAUUAUAAGAGAAGCUGGUUUGAGCGUAACCUCACUGACAACUUGUUUAUGACUGUUUAAAAAAUGUUUCAUUUCAAGAACCUCUCUUGACAUGCUGCAUUCAUUAGGCAGAUCACUUAGUCCUUUUUAUUUAUUUAAAAGUGGUCUGGUUCCAAAUGAGACGGUCAGAACAGUCUCUACACAUCCCUUGGCAGUAGCAUGACCACUGCAAAUUUACAUCCAUCAGCUGACAUAUAAAACUUGUGGUUAUUUGAUUUUUUUUAUAUCAUUUCAUCUUAACUUGGCUCUGAAUCUGAGCAGUGUAAAAUAUAAUGUUCCAUUAAAGCAUUAGUUACCUGAAGCCCAUGGGUGAUACCAGUUCAGAUUAGCUAAUGACUGCAGCAUGUUGUUGUAGCUGGACAAAGGCAUCACUGAGUCCACUUUUUUUUGCAUUAUUCUAAUGUUUCUUUAUUGUAAAUACUUUAUCUGCUAUUUUAUUUUGCUUGAAAAUAACUGUACAAAGUAUUUUUGCCGAAUCUUUCUAAAAUGAUCAUUGUAAAUGGAAUCUUAACAAGUUAGUGAAUAAAAUGUUCUUGGUAUGACAAUA